AUGGACAAUCCACCUUUCAACACGGUCGUUAUAACGGAAAACUCCGAGUCGCAAAUCUUGGGAAUCCGAUGGGACCAAACACGAGAUAUUCUACAAUUUUCAUACAAGACUCAAGGCCAUUCAAACGUCGUAAACAAGCGCAGCAUACUGUCCGAAGUAGCCAAGCUGUUCGACCCACUUGGCCUUCUCGGCCCGAUAAUUACCAACGCCAAACUAAUUCUUCAGGAGCUUUGGCAGUCAGGUGUGGAGUGGGACGAGUCAGUGCCGCAACAUAUUCAUUCUCGCUGGAUGACCUUCAAGCAAGCGAACCCCAGUCAAUUCAACUACACGGAUUCUGUGACGCAAGUCAGCGGGCUUACGGUGCCUGCUUUUAUAUUCGCACCUGCGAAGCCGCCGGGGAUUGGAUUUCGCACCGAGCUAUUGUGCUCCAAGUCUCGAGUAGCUCCUUUAAAGGCGAUCACACUGCCCAGGUUGGAAUUGUGCGCAGCAGUACUCCUAGCACGACUCUUAAAAAAGAUCACGGAAUCCUUCGACUUGCCAAACAGCCGGGUAUUCUUAUGGUCCGACUCUACAAUCGCCCUAAACUGGAUAGCGUCACCCUCACGCCGGUGGUCUGUCUUCGUUUCAAACAGGGUUGGCGAGGUGCAACGUCUAACGAGUCCCGAAAGUUGGCGACACGUUCCUUCUCCCGACAAUCCUGCCGACAUUCUAUCACGCGGGAUCGACCCAGGAAUGUUGCCAAGAGCAACCUUGUGGUGGCAGGGACCUGAGUUCCUGCAACGCAGCGAGAGCCACUGGCCAACUGGCGAGCUUCCUCGCUUAGAAGACGAGCUUCCAGAAAGGCGAGCAAUACCAGCAACCACAGCCAUUCUACAACCCUCAAUAGUCGACGACUUAAUGUCCAAAUAUUCCAGUUUGGAUAAAGUAUGUCGUAUAUUAGCCUUUUGUUUCAGAAUUUGUAAAAAAUCACGUUUAACUGGUUCUGAUAUCCCAUCUACCUUCAUUUCUCCUAACGAGAUGUCGCACGCUUUAAGGAUAGCUUGCAAAACGAUCCAAAAACACGCUUUCGUCGAAGAAUAUCGAAGUCUGAGCAAAGGCGCCCCGAUCAGCACAUCAAGCAAAAUCCUUACCAUGUCCCCCUUUCUAGACGAAGACGGACUGAUACGGGUAGGCGGAAGACUAAAAAAUUCGGAGCAAAACGCCGAGGCGUGCCAUCCCAUCCUCCUCUCAGCCAAGCACGAGCUAACAAAACGCAUAAUUCAACGCGAAUAUAUACGUAACAAACAUGCAGGAACUCAAGCCACUAUGGCCUUCGUGAGGCAGCAAUUUUGGCCUCUAUCCUUACGCUCCACUACGCGGAAAGUUACGAGAAAUUGCGUAACGUGUUUCAAAUCCAAACCAGUACAUUCGGAAGCAAUUAUGGGAUCAUUACCCAGCGGUCGCGUUACAGCCUCCAAACCGUUUUCGCAUUGCGGCGUCGAUUACGCCGGUCCGGUGAGCUUGAAGGAAGGCAAGCGCCGUAAUGCCCGUAUUCAUAAAGCCUAUAUCUCAAUAUUCGUCUGCUUCGCCACGAAAGCAGUCCACAUAGAAUUAGUAAGCGACCUUACGUCGGAGGCCUUUUUAGCCACGCUACGAAGAUUCAUAGCGCGAAGAGGGAAGCCGGUGUGUAUGUACUCCGAUAACGGAACAAAUUUUGUCGGUGCAAAUAAGCAAAUAAAGGAACUCUAUGAUCUUGUCGCCAGAGAACAAACUCAGGAAAGCGUCAAAAAUUUCCUUCGCGGUCAAGAAACGUCAUGGUCCUUUAUACCACCUAACGCGCCCCAUUUCGGGGGAUUGUGGGAGGCGGCCGUAAAAUCCGCUAAGCAAGCAACAGUGCUUUGCGAGAUAGAAGCUACUUUGAACUCUCGACCUCUCACUCAAUUAAGUAAUGACCCCAAUGAUCUAACUCCACUCACGCCGGGUCACUUUCUAGUCGGUGCACCGCUCAACAGUAUCCCUUCUCCUGACCUAAUAGAUGAGCGCACCAAAUGGAAGAAGAAUCUAGGAGCAGCACUGGAGCCAGGACAACUCGUAAUAAUUAAACAACAGGGCUUGGCGCCCUUACAAUGGUUAGUGGGUCGAAUUCAGGAAGUUCAUCCCGAUUCCGACGGUAUUUCUCGUUCUGCUGUUAUAAAAACUACCAAGGGAAAUCUUAUACGGCCAAUAACCAAAUUGGCUAUAUUACCAAUUCACCAGUGA